CUCUUCUAGAUUAGGACACACCCGUCGAAGGUGGAGAUCUCGCCUCCGUUUUUGUUGCUUUGCUUCGCCUUUCAUCCGGAAUUUUAUCUCCGAGCUGCGCAUCAUGUCGUCCACUGUGAAAAAACUGGAAGUCACUUACAAUCCCAUCAAUAAGAGCAACAAUUUCACAUGUGGCGACACCGUUUGUGGUCAAGUCACGCUGGAAGUGGCCAAAGACUGUCAGAUAGAGUCUCUCUCCAUUAAAUUCAAGGGCAAAGCAGAAGUUUUGUGGACCGAGAGACACGGUCAAACUACUGUAGUGUACCACUCCAAAGACAAGUACUUCAGCUUUAAACACUACUUCACUGGAGGCAAAACGCCGCAGGGCGACGAACAAACUCUGCUCCCAAACCAGAACUUAAACACGUACAGCAAUGUUGUUGCCCCAGGAAGUCAUGUCUACCCCUUCACUUUCCAGAUCCCUCACCAGGAUUUGCCCUCCUCCUUCAAAGGUUCUGUCGGUAAAGUUGUAUACUUGCUGGAAGCUACGCUGAGCAGAUCAAUGAGGAUUAACAAGAAAGAUUCAACUAAGAUCAACUUUGUGUCAAAAGUAGACUGGAACAAUGUCCCUGGACUAAUGAUGCCACAGCAUGAGUCUAAGGAUAAGAAAAUGAAGUUUUUCAACUCAGGAACUGUGGCCAUGGAUGUGAAUAUUGAAAAAUCUGGUUUCCUCCAAGGAGAAGGAUUAAAGGUUGUGGCCUUGAUUCAGAACAAUUCAUCUCGUGAGAUCAAGCCCAAGUACUGUGUGUACAGAAAACACAGCUUCUUUGCAAGAGGGAAGAGAAGACUGGAUACUAAAGACCUCUUUAAAGAGGUGGGAGAUCCCAUCCCUCCAUCUUCUAAUGAAAACGUCACAAGGGUCAUCACCAUUCCCCAUGAUGUGGAGCCCUCCAUCCUCAACUGCAGUAUCCUAAAAGUAGAAUACAGACUCAGGGUCUACCUGGAUGUCAAAUAUGCUUCAGACCCAGAGAUCAAAUUUCCCAUUGUCUUCCUGCCGGCCUAUCAGGGCUCCGCUGCUGCAGCUCCACCUGCUGCGGCUGGCUUUGGAUUUGAACCAUUUGGAAAUCCAAACCCUCCAGUUUGGGGUGCUGGAGCACCACAAGCACCACCACCAGGAGCAGCCCAACAAUCGGAUCCUCCUCCUCCUCCUUAUGGAUCAUAUGGAUUGUAUCCUCCUUUGACGGAUUUUGGUAGUAAGUUUUAGUUACAGGACUGAAAAAACACUUUACAAGGAACAUUUCACUAUAAUGUUCUGAAUAUCAGCCUUUUGUUUCAUACAGGAUGACAUAAGAAUAGAUCUCAGCUGAUAGCAUCAAUAUUUUUACAUCAACAAAGGUUGACUGUGUGAAAACACAGAGAAAUUGUAAAAUAGCACUUCCUCUUUUGAUAAACAUAAUGCAGGUUUGACUGAUGUAUCUUUCCUCUACAUGUAUUCUUAGAAAGGUGUUAAAAACACUUGGUGGUCAUAACUGACAAAAAUGUAUGAUAUGUUUAGUUCACUUUUGAAGUUGUAAUAUAUUAAAGUAACAAAGUAUGUA